UCCCAAGACAGUCAUAACCUUGGCAUGGAACCCACCCAAAUAAGCAUGACCUUUACAUUCUUGUAAAGAAUAAUAGGUCACACAUAACAUUUAAUUUUGUGACACUAAACUCAAAGACAAUCUCAACUCCAAAUCAAAAAGCAUGUCAGUGGCACAAAGGGAGCCUCCUCUUAUACAAUCUCACAGUUUCACCAACCACCACCGUUCAAUUAUCUUAUAAAACUCAAACUCACCACUCAUAUAAUCUCAAGCCUUUGUUGGUUUACCUGUUUUCUUCUUUAGCUAUUAGUAGGUGAUGUCUAGCUAAGAAGCAUCAUCUGAUCAGUCCUCUCUCCUUGCACAUUUGCACACAAUUAGUUUUUUUAUUUUUGAUUCAACCUUCCAAGUUUCUCCAUUGUGAAUAAUGGGUUUUGCAUGCCAAAGCUCCGGUCAGGUUACACUUGAGAAGACGGUGGCCCAGGCGAGCUUUUUGGUCCCAGAUAAGCGUGAACGAUGGCGUCCAACAAGGCUGAUGUUCAUGCCAGUGACCAAGCGAAAUUGUAAUGCUGUUUUCUGCAAUGCAAAUGGGAAUUUGAGCAAUAUCACCAUCCAAGAUACUGUAGAUAUGAUUAACUUGAUGCCAUGCAAUGGAACAAAAAGUAAUGGUGCUAUGGUUGGCAGUGAGGAAGGACUUGGUAUUGCUUCAUAUCUCAAAGGGAAACAAUUUUUCAUCACUGGUGCUACUGGUUUCCUCGGAAAAGUUCUUAUUGAGAAAAUUUUGAGGACAGCACCAGAUGUGGGAAAGAUAUAUGUUCUUAUCAAGGCCAAAAGCAAGGAGAGUGCAAUUAAGAGAUUGAAGUGUGAAAUAAUAAAUACAGAACUCUUCAGAUGCUUGAGAGAAAUGCAUGGGAAGAAUUACCAGGCUUUCAUGCUAAGAAAACUAGUUCCAGUCGUCGGGAAUGUCAGGCAGGCUGAACUAGGACUUGAACCUGAGCUAGCCAAUGAGAUCUCAAGGGAUGUGGAUGUCAUUGUGAACUCAGCUGCAAAUACUACUUUUGAUGAGAGGUACGAUGUUGCGUUAGAUAUAAACACUUUAGGACCUUCUAGACUCAUGAGUUUCACAAAGGGCUUUCAUAAGCUUAAGCUUUUCUUGCAAAUAUCAACAGCUUAUGUGAAUGGUCAAAGACAAGGAAACAUACUCGAAAAGCCCUUUUGCAUAGGCGACACUAUAUUAUCUGAGACACUUCCUCCAUCUCCAGAAAAUCCAACUAGAGUGCUGGAUGUUGAUGGUGAGAUUAAGUUAGCUAAUCAAUGUCUAAGCACAGAAUCAUGUGAUGCUUCCCUCAUGCAGAAGAUGAAAAGCUUGGGUUUAGAGAGAGCAAAAAUGCAUGGAUGGCAAGAUACUUAUGUGUUCACAAAAGCCAUGGGAGAAAUGGUGAUAAAUGAAAAGAGGGGGAGCAUACCAGUUGUUGUUAUUAGGCCUAGUGUCAUUGAGAGUACAUACCAAGAGCCGUUCCCUGGUUGGAUGGAAGGGAACAGGAUGAUGGAUCCAAUUAUUCUGCACUAUGGCAAAGGGCAGCUCACUGGUUUCCUUGUUGAUCCCAAUGGAGUCCUUGAUGUUGUACCUGCUGACAUGGUUGUGAAUUCAAUGCUGGCUGCAAUGGCGAAGCAUGGAUCCAUUGCUGAACAAGGAAUGCAUGUAUACCACAUUGCAUCAUCUGUCACAAAUCCUUUGAUAUUCCAAGACUUGGCUCAUCUUAUCUACGAGCAUUUCAAUGCUUCUCCUUGUGUGGAUUCAAAGGGGAGGCCAAUCCUUGUUCCGAGAAUGAGACUUUUUGGCGACAUGAAUGAUUUCUCCUCAUACAUUUUGGAAGAUGCUAUGUGGAGGAGCAGGCGCGCUUCAGUCCCGUACGAGAAGCUAUCGCAGAAACUCCAGAACUUAUGCAUGAAAUCUGUAGAUCAAGCCAAAUAUUUGGCUAGCAUAUACAAACCCUAUACCUUCUAUGGUGGAAGGUUUGACAACACAAACACCCAAGAAUUGAUGCAAGAGAUGUCUGAAGAAGAAAGGCGGAAAUUUGGGUUUGAUGUGGGAGCCAUUGAUUGGAAGGACUACAUAUCUAAUGUUCAUAUUCCUGGUCUGAGGAGACAUGUUAUGAAGGGAAGAGGCGUGCCUACUGGUUCACAACUUGUAGCUACUGCACUCUGAUGUACAAGUCUGUGACUUGCUUUCUUGUCCUAAACAACACUUUGAUGUGGCAAGUUAGUGAUAGCUUGAAGCAAUGUUUAAUUGCACAUUCUACUUUAAGGUAUUGUUUUAUCAACAUUCAUUAACUCAAAUCUUUGUUUAGUAUGCUGAACAAGAUUGGGAUGCUUCAUUUUUAUGAUUUUAUCAUUAAUAAAGACUAUCAAAUGGCAUUUGAAUUGCUCGUAUAGUUCUAAACUGCAAUUGUCCGAAGUGAGCAUUCAACAUUUUACUCAAAUUAAUAUAUUGUAAACCUGAAAAUUUAAUGUUGGCUCCAAAAAGGGAAGUUGCAAAUUUCCAUGACUGCAGUUUGC